AGAAGGGGGAGGAGCCUUCCUACUUGCUUUAGGAGUAGAAGAAGAAGGAGUUAGCUGAUGUCUGGACACGAACCUACGGAUUAAAGUUCACACGUCACUUUGCCGUGUGAUGUAGGAGACAUGUCUCUCCAGGUGGUGCUGCAGCAGAGGAUCACCUCUGCCCAGGUGUUGCUGAAGAGGGCGGAGCUUCUGGUUCAGGGGGUGGAGGGCCACCAGAAGCUGUGUGGUAAGCUGCGGGCGGAGCUGCGCUUCCUGCGGCGGGUGGAGGCCGGAGAGCUGCAGGUCCGAGAGUCUCACCUGCACAGCACCAACCUGACUCACCUGACGGCCAUCGUGGAGUCGGCGGCGAGUCUGGAAGACGUGGUCGCUCUGCUUCACGUCUUCACCUACCUGGACGCCGCCGGCCACCGGCAGACGCUGGUGGUGGACGUGGUGGCCAACGGGGGGCACACCUGGGUGAAGGCGGUGGGCAGGAAGGCCGAGGCUCUCCACAACAUCUGGCAGGGGCGGGGCCAGUACGGAGACAAGAGCAUCAUCAGCCAGGCCGGGGACUUCCUGCGGGCGAGCCGCCAGCAGGAAGUCCACUACCGCCCCCCCCACAUCGUCUUCGCCUUCUAUAACGGGGUCUCCUGCCCCAUGGCCCAGCGCCUCAAGGACAUGGACAUCGCCGUCCGCGGGGACAUCGUUGCCGUCAACAGCGUGACGCUGGAGGAGGAGGAGGAGGAGGAGGAAGAGGAGGGGCCAGUUGAAGAUGAGGAGGAGGAGCUCACCCGAGUGGCCCUGGGCGCCGUGGUGGCCCGCUUGGCGUUCCCUCUGCAGGUGAAGGUGGAGGAGUGCCGGCGCGUGAACCUGGACAUCACCACGCUGAUCACCUACGUGUCGGCGCUGAGUCACGGCCGCUGCCAGCUCUGCUUCCGGGAGCCGGUGCUGACGGAGCAGGCGGCUCAGGAGCGCCGGCUGCCGGUGCUGCCGCGGCUCGACGACUUCCUGCGAGGGAAGCAGCUGUUCGCCUGCCGCGCCGCCGUCCACGACUUCCAGCUGAUCCUGGACACGUUGGGGGGGCCGGGCGAGAAGGAGCGCGCCCGCACGCUGCUCGCCCGGCUGCGGCAGGUGGACGACCAGCCGUCGGAGCGCUCGCUGGUCCUCACGCCGAGCGCCAAGGUCAACCGCCGCUCGCUCCUGAUCUUCGGCACCGGAGACUCGCUGAGGGCCGUUACCGUGACGGCAAACAGCCGCUUCGUCAGGGCGGCCGCCAAUCAGGGCGUCCGAUACAGCGUGUUCGUCCACCAGCCGAGGGCGCUGACGGAGGGCAAGGAGUGGAGGGCCACGCCCCUCUGAGGAGACUUCCUGUGGCUGAUGGGAGUUUGAGUUGUAGUCCUGUCAAUAAAUGACCUAAUAAAGCAUCAGUCACUU